UUGUGUACACAGCGGUUUAACACGGACACAUUUACAGUGGUACAAGCGUGAAUGGUGCUGUCAUGGCGGACGGUGUCGACCUGAGCCAAAAGUUUGUUUCUGAGUCAGAGAUAGAAGAAAAGAGGAAAAAACGACAGGAAGAAUGGGAGAAGGUUCGCAAACCAGAUGAUCCUGAGGAGGUCCCAGAGGAGGAGUAUGACCCUCGAUCCCUGUUUGAAAGGCUCCAGGAACAGAAGGACAAGAAGCAGGAGGAAUAUGAUGAACAGUUCAAAUUCAAGAACAUGGUUAAAGGACUGGACGAGGAAGAGGCCGGUUUUCUCGACGAGGUGUCACGGCAGCAGUGUCUUGUUGAGAAACGGAGACGAGAUGAGGAGAAAUUGGAGAUCCUGGAAUAUAGGAGUGCUUUAAAGAAACUGGCAGCCAGUGAGAGUCAAAAGAAGGAGCCUGAAAAAAAGGCUGGACCCAAACCACCAGAGCAAAAGAGUAGCCACCUGUCACAGGCGCAUCUACUGGCGGGUGCGGUCAAACGCCGAAGUUCCUCUCAGUCUUCAGACUGCAGUAAGAAGCAGAAGGUGGAAGAGGCGACGGCAGCAACAGGCAACGGCAGUCAAACAGAACGGGAGAUGGAGAGGCAGAACCAGGUGCCUAAUGUAGGAGCGGCCCGCGGUGGGACGCUCCAUCGACCCUCUGCAGCUGUGUGUGUGGGUAUCCUGCCAGGGCUAGGGGCGUACUCUGGCAGCAGCGACUCCGAGUCUAGCAGUGACAGUGAAGGUAGCGUGGAUGGAACCAACUCUUCCAUUAAGUGCAACAGGCUCAUCAGAUAGACACACUGAUACAAACUUACAUGAUUAUUCAUAUUCAUUUCCCACAUUAUUACCUGUUUGAUUUCAAAAGUGAGCUGGAUCUUUCUUUCCUGGUUUAGCUGGGUGGAUCACUGCUGCUAUAAGCUAGAUCAUAUGAUAUAAUAUAAGCUUAGUAAUUUAAUUGGUCUCAGUGUUGCAGCUUGUAGUUUUGAUCGUGUGCAUUUGUUUUUUUAGUAUGUUUGCUUCUUUAUCUGCAUUAAUGUUAAUUAAAAGUUACUUUAUCAGUAGCUGGCAUUGUGGUCAUUGAUGUGUACUGAAACAUGACCUCCCGCAUCAUGCCCGUAUUACAUUCUAUACAGUUUAAAUCCCUGGCACCUAAACCUGGCGACGCAACCCGUGCUGCUGGCUGAGGAGACGACUGCUGUGUGGAUGAAAGACGAGACUGCUUAAAGUGCAUCAGUAUGAAAUCCCUAACCGUGUCAUGAGAGAAGCAGACUGGUUAUGGGCAACGCUGACUGAAAGAUGUGGGAAAAAAGGCUUGUAUUUUUUUUAAACCUGCAAUGCUAAAAAUGCUGGAUUUUUUUAAAGGAACUGUUCCCUACAAGGAAAUGAAUGUGUUUGAUGGCUGGAUGGGACAUUAAAACCAAAGGGAAAAGAAAA